AUGCUGUCCCGCGCCGCCGCCCGCACCACCACCCAGCUGGUCUCCAAGCGUGGAUUCCACGCAACCCGAGCCCGCCUCUCCUCGCCCUACCACUACCCCGAGGGCCCCUACUCCAACCUGCCCUUCAACCCUCGCAGCAAGUGGUUCGGCGCCGGCUACUGGACCUUCAUGGCCGCUGGCUUCUUCGCCCCCUUCGGCAUUGCUGUCUGGCAAACCUACAAGCCCCAAUAA